AUGCGUUCACACUCGAGAGAUCGGAACGGGAGUUUUGGGGCGCAUUCACAUUCACAUUCCAACUCACAUUCGCAUUCGAGGGAUCGGAAUGGGAGCUUUGGAACUGGCACGCCACAGAGGGAUCGACAUGGGAGUUUCGGCAGGGAGGGAAGCAGGGAGUGUUCGUGCGGUGGUGGUGGUGGUGGUGGUGCGGACCCCGAGUGUUCCUGUCAGGCGGGUGGAUUGGCCUCGGUGAGGAAGAGGAUACAGGUGAAGAGGUCGAUCGAUAAUGCGAUCUCGAUGUUUAAGGCCAGUGCGUCGAAUCUUGUUUUGAGUGGCGGUGGCAGUGGAGGAGGAGGAGGAGGAGGGCCGGAGUCGCCUGGGCAGGACGUUAUUGCUGGAUCGCCGGAUUCGAUGACCAUGACGAACGGUCUAGGAAGCGGCGGUGGGUUGGACGCGAAUGGGUUCCCGACCGGACGUAGGCCUUCGUUGCCGCAUUAUCUCGAUUCGAGUCCAAGUGGGCACGGUAGCAUUGGGAACGGCAAUGGACAUGGACAUUCACCGUCACCCGCACCCUCGGAAAAGAGGCGGACGAAGAAGUCGUCUCUGUCGAGCAGUCGGAGACCAAGCUCUGCGGGGACGGGAUCGGAGCGGAGCGUGCAGAUCACACCGGCGCAAGGAAACGCACAAGGGCAGGGACAGGGACAGGGAGGGACGCAGAGCACGAAGAGGCUGGGAUCGAAGUAUUCGUUGAUGAAUCUGUUUAGGAAGUAUAGCACCGAGGGGCUCUCAGCUGCGAGAGAGAGGGACAGUGAGGGGCAGGGACAGGGACAGGGAGGAGGACAGGGACAUAGAGCGAGGAUGGGGAGUAUGUCUUCUGCGAAUUGUGGGGACGGUUCAGGAGGGGCAGCAACAGCAACAGGAGCAGGAGCAGGAGGAACGGGAUCGAGCCCGCCGUCGAGGCCUGGGCCGGGGAUUUUGAGACCUGGCGCGGGGACGAGGUCAGCAUCGUCGGGGAGUCCGGGACCCGGUGGUGGGAGUGGGAGUGGUGGUGGGAGCGGGUUCAUGGGCAAGGUGCCGAGCCAGCGAGCUCUGAGGUUCGAUUCGUCGUCUUCGUCCGUCGUGCAACGAAGCCCGUUGUCGAGGGGCGGGGAGUUGCCUUCUUCUUCUUCACGUGGUGAUGACGAUCUGGACCGAGAUGAUGGGGAUGAGGACGAGGACGAGGAAUACGGGAGGCCGAUUGAGAGCGGGAGGUUUGGGACUACUGGUCCGGGUGGCAAUGGGAGUGGUCGUAUGGGACGACCGAGAGGAUCCUCGAAGAGUUCCUUGCCUUCGCCUGUGUCGAUCUCGAAUGACGAAUCUGGAGGUGGUGGUGGUGGUGGUGGUGGGUUCACGUUCCCGUUUAGUAUCAAUCAGCCGCCGCCGGAGCCGGAACCGGAGGGAGAUGAUUUCGAGGGAGAUGAAUUAGAGGAUGAAGGAGGAGAGGAGAUGCGUAUUCCUUCAGUGUUCGCGUCGCCGCCUCCGGGUGCGUCGAGGGCUGAGCUUCCGCCAGCUCCUCACUCCUCCUCCUCGAACACGAACGCGAACAAUUCAAACUCGAACUCGAAUAACUCGACCGCGAACGCCAACUCGAGACCUUCGCUCUCCCCGCCUCCAAGGUUCGGACAUGAUCUCGACGGGCGGCACCGAGGAAACUCGACCACGAGCGACGGGAGCACCGCGACUUCGGGUACUACUACCACCACCACUACCACCACGACUUCUGGCGCGGAGGGGACGUUGCCGUUGACGCCUGGGUCUUCGAUUUUAGGGGGGCCGGAGGUGGGGAAAAAGGGAGAGGGAAGGGAGGUGGAGGGAGAGGAAGAGGUGGAGGGGUUGGGAUUGCUUAUGCCGCAUUCGAAGACUUCGUCGAUGGAGACUGAGCGGCCUAUCCUCACUACUACGACGACCAUGACCGCGAGCACCCCCAGCACUGGAACCCGUACAGGCACAGGGAGAGAUGGAAGAGACAAGACCCAUUCACCGAGACUGAUGCCCCGGAUCCCGCUCGAUAUGGAUCUUCGUGCGAUAUCGUCGCAUGCCCAGGCGGAGGCGCUCGUGCAGAGGACGCAUCGGUCUAUACUCGAGCUUGAGCGGUUGCCGCCGGAGGAGCUGGGGCAGUUGAGUUCUGGAGGUGGUGUGGCGGGUGGAAGUGCAGAUGGGACUGGUGGCGGUGGUGGUGCGGGAUCGAGCGACGGAUUGGGCGGAUUGCCGUUGAGUGCGAGGUUGGCGAUGUAUGGGGAGAGUUUGGCGUUGGAGAGGAAGUUCAAGAAGAUGGAGGAGGAGGAGGAAAGGGAGAUGGGGAGGAUGAGGGCGAGCGGAGAGAUGGAGAGGAGGAGGAGCGAGGAGGACGGAGGGGUGUUUGGGAGGGAUAGUAGGGGAGCGGGAACCUACCCGAAUAAGACGAGGAGCGCGAGCGCAACUAUGGAUAGGGAUGCGGCGAGGACGGGGAUGGGGUUGAGCCCUGGGUCGGGAGCUGGGGCCAGUGCGGCGAGGAGGAGGAGUAGAACAGGCAGUCAGAAUCAGGGCGUUAUUGUGGAGGAGGUGUGCGUGAGUGAGAGUGAAGGUCAGGGGAGGGGUGCAGGUGGUGCGAGUGCGUAUGGGAAGUUGCCAUCGACGCCGCCGUCGAGGGGUCAUAAGAUGAGGAGGCCACAUACGGCGGGAGGGACGCCGAGCACACCUUCUACUCCAGGCCAGCUUGAUACCUCGCCCUCCCCUCGAGGACAUCAUCAUCGUUCCCGUUCCGCAGCACCUACAAUCGAGCUCGACGCACCUACGCCUACUGCAACCUACCACGACAUACCUUCCCUCCACCUUCCCCGCACGACCUCACCAUCCUCAAGAUCUCCCAAUACAGCGCCACUCGCACUCUCCGCCGACUUUCCCGUCACGCCGCCGCCGCUUCGUUCGAGGACACCGGACCCGGAAAGUUAUGCCUCCGCUUUGGACGACGAUCUCGAUCUUCAGGGUAGUGGUGGUGGUACCGGCGUGGGUCUCUAUCGCGUGCUCACCGCGCCACAAGUCGGGACGUAUGAUAGUCCCAGUGGCGCGGGGAGCGCCGGCAGCAGUAUGAGGAAUAAGUCGCAUUUCUUGGGUGGGAGGGAGAGGAAGGUGGCGAGUGCGCAUAAGUUGGUGAGGAUGGGCUUGCCGAAUGAUGGGGUGGCUUCUGCUACUGGGCUCGGUGGAGGAGGUGGUGCGGCUGGGAUCGGGGGGAGUUUGGGUGGUGGGAGUGGGGGUGGGGCGGGGACGCCGGGGAGGAUGGGCGCGAUGGGAGGUGGGGCGCAUAAAUUUGGGGGGUUUAGGGGGUUGAUGCAGACGUUGAAGGGCAAGUCGUGA